AUGAAGCGUACAUUUUCAAGCGAUGAAUUUGAUACAAAUGGGGAUGGUGUUAGUAAUUCAAACUCUCAAAUAACUGAUGUUGCUAAAAAAAGUCGUUCAGAACCCGCAUUACCUUCUCGUGUUGUUCAUUUACGAAAUAUAGAAGCAAAUGAACUUGAAGUUGUUCAACUUGGUCUUCCAUUUGGUCGAGUAACAAAUUUUUUAAACUUACGAAAAAAAGCACAAGCUUUUCUUGAAUUUGAUGCAACUGAUUCAGCUAAACAAAUGGUUGACUAUUUUACAUCCGUACCAGCAAUGCGUAAUGGUCGACAAAUAUUUGCACAAUAUUCAAAUCAUGGUGAACUUCGUACAGAUCCAUCAAAUCGUACAAAUCAACAAGCACAUGUUGCAUUAGCACAAGCCACUGAUCUUUAUGAAACAGCACAAAAAGGUGGACCAAAUUGUGUAUUACGUGUUAGCAUUAUAAAUUUGUUAUUUCCUGUUACUAUUGAUGUAUUGUAUCAGAUCUUUAGCAAAUUUGGUACAGUACUUAAAAUCAUUACAUUUACGAAAAAUGAUAAAUUUCAAGCAUUGAUUCAAUCAAAAGAUCCAAAUGGUGCUGCACAAGCUAAAUUACAAUUACAUGGACAAAAUAUUUAUAAUGGUUGUUGUACACUUCAAAUUGAAUAUUCAAAACUUCAUUCGCUUACUGUUAAAUUUAAUAAUGAUAAAAGCCGAGAUUAUACGAAUCCAACCUUACCAUCAGGCGAAGGACUUGCACCACAACAACAAGAAUUAGAACGAAUGCAUUCAAAUGCAAAUCUCCUUUCAUUGCAAAGAUCAACUUCUAAUGAUGAUUAUCGUUAUGACUAUUACACAGCAGCAGCCCGUGGUAGACCACCAUCAACUUCCGGAACACCUAGCUAUGAUAUGCAAGCUGGUGGUAGUCAUUUAAUGAGUCCAUUACAAGCUCCAUCAAGUACAUAUAAUCCAGGUGCUGGUCAACCACAAUAUGGUCAUCCAUAUGGUUCACCACAUCAUCAAGUGCCACCUAUGCAUGGACUACCUCCAGGUCAUGCAGCUGCUGCUGCACAUAUGCAUGCUGUUCAUCAGCAAGCUCAACAACAAUUACAACAACAAAAUCCUCAUAUGAUGCCUGUUCAAAAUGGGCCUGUUAUACUCGUAUCGAAUCUUAAUGAAAACAUGACGACUCCAGAGUCUUUAUUCACGCUAUUCGGUGUCUAUGGUGAUGUGCAUCGGGUAAAAAUCUUAUUUAAUAAGAAAGAUUCAGCAUUAAUUCAAUUUGCUACACCACAACAAGCAGCUAUCGCUCAUCAAAAUCUUGAUCAUAUAACAAUGUUUGGUAAACAAAUAAAAGUUUCAUUUUCUAAACAUCAAUUUGUUCAAAUGCCUAAAGAUGGUGCUGCGGAUAUGGGUUUAACAAAAGAUUUUACGAAUUCACCAUUACAUCGUUUUAAAAAACCAGGCUCAAAAAAUUAUAAUAAUAUCCAUCCACCAGGAAGUGUACUUCAUUUAUCUAAUAUACCAAAUGAAACAAGUGAAGAAGAAAUACGAAAUAUAUUUUCUCAAUAUGGUACAAUAAAACGAUUUAAAUUCUUUGAAAAAGAUCGUAAAAUGGCUUUAAUUGAAAUGGAAACAAUUGAAGAAGCGAUUGCCGCAUUAAUUAAUACGCAUAAUUAUCGUUUAGCAGAUUCAAUGCAUCUUCGAGUAUCAUUUUCAAAGAGCAAACUGUAA